CGUUGUUCCGCUGUCUUGUUACAAUUUUGAAUGGCUAUCGAUAUCUCCAUAUUCAAGUCGGGUGGGGGGAACAGGUCACUCAAUCACUCACUCAGUCCUCUCCACUCUCUUCGCUUGUGGCCUGAAAGGUAGGAAGCACGGGAGUGAUGUACAGCAGGUGGCCGUUAAGUGAAAGUCUUGGCAGCACCAUUGACGGAUGAUGCUCCCUUAAAUUGACCGCUUGGUACUUAUAGGUAUUCGGCCUCAACAGCCCAUCUGCGUGUCCGAGCCUUCAAAGGCAUAGCUUUUGACCACCCGGGAUUGCACCUUACUUUCAGGGCCGCCUCCCGCUGCAUGAAUUGAUCGAUCUCUGCCCGGGGACGCCUCCGACGGAACCAACUGUCAAUUUCUGUAAGUGACUUCAUCAACUCACUUGACUCGGUGGAGGGUUUUGAGCAUAAGGCUGCACCCAACUUCUUAGUGGGACUCGCCGCGACGGCCUUUCCAGGAAUCAGACCCUUGAUCCACUCCUGAUCGAUCCCCAAAGUCCCAAACAUCACAUGUAGUGUACACUAGUCCGGACCGUCUAUCCACCUUUUACAAAGACGGUUGAGUGCUGCAGUGUCACUUAGAACUACAGCUUAUAACUCACUGUGACCCCCACCUUCUUCCGCGGCAUCACAGCUUGGCCCGCAACGACGAAGAGCCGCAAUGGCCAAACCAACUCCCCUAUCUGCAGCCAAAAUUUCCCUUGCUGCCUUUAAUGAGGUGCUCGGAAGAUAUCCCGCCUGCAUCCAAGCCAUCUCGCAGGACAAGGGAGCAAAACCAGGCCAGAAGACACUGGCAGAGUUGGAUGAGUACCGCUAUGGUGAAGCAGUCACAGCAUUUGGUCCCGAAAAGGCAGACACCAAAUUCCUUGGGGUCGAUGAGGUCAAGACUUUGGUCGAAUGGAAGCUGCGUCAUGGCAAGUUCCGCCCAACUUUGAUGAAACUGGUCUCGUCCAAUGAUCCCGAUUUGGUCCAGACAACCGUACAAGAUGCCGUCAAGCAGUAUCGGGACAAGUCAGACAUAUCCGGCGCCCUGGGCAUCCUGACCAAGCUAAAAGGUAUCGGCCCGGCUACUGCGUCAUUGCUCCUGGCAGUGCAUGACCCAGACCAUGUUAUCUUUUUCGCCGAUGAAGCCUACUACUGGCUCUGCGGAGACGGGAAAAAGGUGCCCCUCAGGUAUAAUGUCAAGGAAUAUAACUCCCUGUGCCAGAGAUCUCAAGCGUUAUCUCAACGGCUUGGAGUCAAAGCCAUUGACAUUGAGCGUGUAGCUUUCGUUCUCAUGCGGCAAGAAAGUGGGAAUGUAGCAGCCGCACGUGCUACCCUUGAUCCAGAGCCAUCGGUCAGCAGCGUCGCCAAGGUGACGCCCCCAAAGACCAAGAGGAAGACCGUUGAUGACGAUGCCAACGAUCCAGAGCCGCCCGUGAGACGUUCGAAACGCACAAAACACAGUUUCGAGAGUGAAGCAUAGGAAAUAGGGGUCUCUGGGGUGUAGAUAAUGCGGGGACUUGAAGGCUAGGCCAGCUUUAACACCAAUCUUGAACCGCAUUACCACGGAUCUCGGAACAGUCAGCAGUGCUUUUACAAGAGGGCUCGAAGUCGCAUGGGUACAGGAAAGUUGUUCAUCUUUCAGCCCUGCCUUUAUGCGUUACUGCGACUAGAUACCCGUGUAAGUGCGAGGUGUUGACCCCAAGAUACCCGAACCUAGCCGAACCAAACUUUAGCUGCCAAAUUGAAACACCAUUGGGUGGAUUCGACGUUCGGAAUUCUUCUAUUGGUAAACGCUAGUAACGUCUCAC